AUAAAACUUACAUUAGAUUUCUUAGCGCCUUGCCGAAUCGUCAAAUCCAACCACCAGAAUUCACAAAUUUUUUCUCUACUAGGGUUUACGUCAACCAAUUUCACMCAUGAACACACUCUAAAUGCAUGURUCUCAACUCUAUGUGAAGAUAUAAUUCACUUGCAGGAUUAUUGAUGGAGGAAGGCAGUGGCGGAGGUGUUGCUGGUGCCGCGUCAUCAUCGUCUUCGACAUUAUUAAGUGGCGGUGGGCGGCAGAGGUUUGAGGUGGAGCUCAGGCCUGGAGAGACAACAAUUGUGUCUUGGAAGAAGCUUAUCAAGGACGCAAAUAAGGCGGCCAAUAAUAAGAACGAUAUCAAAGCGCCUCCUGUAUCUGUUCCUCCUGUUCCUCUUCCCGUUGCUGCUAAUCCUGCCCUCGAUUCUCGCAUUGCUCCCAUUUCUGGAAAUAAUGCUGAAGAUGAAGCCAAUGAUGCACCCCCUGGUAGCCGGUUUAGUGCUGUUAUUGAGAAGAUUGAACGUUUAUACAUGGGUAAAAAUAGCAGCGAUGAGGAAGAUCUCAAUGAUGUGCCCGACGAUGAUGAGUAUGACACAGAAGAUUCAUUCAUUGAUGACACAGAGCUGGAUGAGUAUUUCCAGGUUGAUAAUUCAGCAAUAAAGCAUGAUGGAUUCUUUGUCAAUCGUGGGAAGUUAGAGCGCACGAAUGAGCCGACUGUGUUGCCAACCGAGCAACCAAAAAAGAGGAGAAGGAAGGAUUCAACAAAAGGCUAUAGUGGAAGCAAUGAUGGAAAUGUUCCAAAUAAACAUAUGAAAGUUAAUAAGAAGGAAGGUAGGAAGGUAGUGGCAUCUGUAGACAAGGACUCCUUCACUCCAUCUCGUAGUAUAACUCUACCAACUGCGAACUGUGAAGAUGUGAAAUACCAGAGUCCAAUAAUAGCUCUUGGAACUGUUGUUAAGAAACCUUCUGAUCCUAARACUCUAAUGGAUCCAUGUCCAACAAGGAUGUUGAAUGGUGAGGCUAGAGYGAUGGCGAAGAACAUUGACAAGCAGAAAACUGGAAUUCUCCAAUCCAAAAAACAUGGUACCAAAUUGAAAGAUGGAAGUCUCUCCCCUGCACUUGCAAGUCAGAGGGCCAAUGACAAAGGUGCUGAUGUGCAAUUGAAAGCUCAARGACAAUUGCUUARCAACUCGGAAGAGUUGAAUCAAUCAGUUUUACCAAGAGAGAAAAAUGUAAUUCAUGAACAGGCAGACAUCAAGGUGUCCGAGAUUGGCCAGCAACCGCAGAAGAAUACACAUAUGGUGAGAAAGGAAGGUUUAAGUGCUAAACCUAAAAGUACAAGUUUGAUGCUUGAAAAAGCCAUCAGGGAUUUGGAGAAGAUUGUUGCAGAAACAAGGCCACCAAGUAUGGAGGUUCCUGAAGCUGACAAUUCAUCUCAGGCUGUSAAAAGGAGAAUGCCUCCUGAAAUAAAGCAAAAGCUGGCUAAAGUUGCUCGACUGGCGCAUACUAUCCAUGGGAAAUUGACGAAAGAGCUGCUUAACCGUUUGAUGAACAUCCUAGGUCAUCUGAUACAGCUUAGAUCAUUGAAGAGAAAUCUUCAAAACAUGGUUGUUAUGGGAUUGUCUGCCAAAGAAGAGAAAGAUACCAGGUUGCAGCAGUUAAAGAAAGAAGUAGAUGAGAUGGUUAAGAUCCGGGCUCCUCUGAUGAAGCCGGAGGCAAUUGAGCAGCAGGCUGGGUCAUCCGAUGAUUUUCAGGAAACUGGCACCAAAGAAAAAGUUAAAAGCAGAUUUACCACAGAUGAUGCUUUAGAGGACAAGAUUUGUGACGUUUAUGACCUUUUUGUUGAUGGGCUUGACGAAGAUGCAGGUCCCCAAGUUAGGAAGCUUUAUGCAGAGCUUGCAGAACUGUGGCCAAAAGGCCUCAUGGACAACCAUGGGAUCAAACGAGCAAUUUGUAGGGCAAAAGAGAGGAGAAAAGCACUACACAGGCGCAAGGAGCAGGAGAACCUGAAGAGGAAGAAAUUACUUGCCCCAAAAACUGAAACCCUUGCGGUUGAUGGUGGAUCAGUGCAACAUGCUCCUGAUAAGAUGGUCACCGAUUCGAGUGCAGCUGUGAGGUCAAUAUCCAACACAAUAGCUGCUGCUGCUGCUGCUGCUGCACGGUCGCCCAACACUCCUAGCGCCGACAAGCCAAAACAAGAGAAGCUAAAGAACACUCAGAAUGAGACAAUGGCACCGGAAGUUUUGGUGAAGAAGAAGGUGAAGAGGAAGGCAGAGGGUGAGUCAGAUGAUGGUCAAUUGCGACACGAGAAAUCAACUUCAACACAAGGGGAGGAAAGGCGAAAGUCGCAUAAGCAAACGGCCAUMGCUGGUCCUGUGAAGCCAGCUGCUCAGUCAUCCAUCGUUACUCCUCUUCCUGCUGCUGCUCAACCUACACAACCAACAGUGAAUAGCCCAGGUGUGGCUGGCUGGUCGGUUGGUAAGUUAGAUAUCAGACGGUUAACCUUUGCAGGUACACACACAUGAUUAGAGAGGCAUCUUGGAGGCGGUUCUUAGAAACAACCGAUAAGAACUUGGGUUUGGUCUUCGGUGGUCACUAGUUUUAGCCCUCACGGUUAACUCUAGUGCCCCAUGGUUAUAAAAAGGUCUUUGCCAUG